GCACAGUCUGCGCCUGCGUUAAACUGUCGGUGUAUCCUGUCGAGUAGAGCACCAGGAGGGAUUUGACUGGAUAUUCCAGUUUUGUUCUGACCACGGGAUUAAGUUCAUCACCCUGCAGAGAUGGAUUUCCAGCAUCGAGCAGGAGGGAAGACGGGCAGCGGUGGCGUGGCGUCUGCCUCUGAGAGCAACCGCGACAGACGGGAGCGGCUUCGCCAGCUGGCUCUGGAGACCAUUGACAUCAACAAAGACCCCUACUUUAUGAAAAAUCAUUUAGGAUCAUAUGAGUGCAAACUUUGUCUGACACUUCACAACAAUGAGGGUAGCUACUUGGCUCACACGCAAGGAAAAAAACAUCAGACCAACCUAGCACGGAGAGCAGCCAAAGAGGCAAAAGAAGCUCCUGCUCAACCAGCUCCAGCGAAAGUGAAAGUUGAGGUCAAGAAAUUUGUAAAAAUUGGUAGACCAGGAUAUAAAGUUACCAAACAGAGGGACCAGGAGACCGGUCAACAGUCUUUGCUUUUCCAGAUUGACUAUCCGGAGAUUGCUGAAGGAAUUGGACCCCGGCAUCGUUUCAUGUCUGCCUAUGAGCAGCGUAUUGAGCCCCCUGACCGUCGCUGGCAGUAUCUGCUGUUUGCUGCUGAACCAUAUGAAACUAUCGCCUUCAAAGUCCCCAGCAGGGAAAUUGAUAAAGCAGAAAACCGCUUCUGGACUCAUUGGAACAAAGAAACUAAACAGUUCUUCCUGCAAUUCCACUUCAAAAUGGAGAAAGCUAUUUCCCAGUCUGGCGGUUCAGUACCUCCCACUGUGAAACACCCCAAUUCUCUCAUGGGUGGAGGAGGACCUCGUCAGCCAUCCGACAGUCUGCCUCCCCCCCCACCAGGAGGGAUGCCAGUACCUCCUCUACCACCUCGCGCCCCUGGUACCCCCCACAUGCCUCAUCAGAUGGCCAUGCCCCCCAUGCCGAUGAGACCCCCCCCACCACAGGGCCUAUCAGUAUCUAAUAAUUGAUUCUUUGAGUGUUCAUGAUUGCUCUCUGUCACGUUGUUCAGUGACUCUGCCCUUCCCGUCUAGUGUCCAUCAUCCUUUAAAUAUUGCAGAUACAUUCAGUACAUUUUUAUACAUUUGUUUGGUUAUUGCAAAUGUGUAGAGAAGGCUGUUUUAUUAAUGUGGCCAUUUUUCUUCUUUUUAUAUAUCUUGAUAUUGAGCAGUGAUGAAUAGCUGAUCUUGUGAGAUUGUUUUUUUUUUGUAAUUAAAUACCUUUUGAGAAACUGCAAA